CUGGUUGCUUAGCGACGAAACGAUGAGAACAGAAAAAUACUAGGAGGUCAGUUAUGACCAAAUAAAGUAGGACAAAAGAUGCUAUCGACUAUAUAAACUGGAUAAAACAACGCAUAGACAGCUAUAGAAGACUUUUAAACAAAAUUCAGACGAAAUCUAAACAGCAAACGAACGAAAUAAGACGGUAAAGUGACCCGGGAGAAAAUGACAAUCAAACCGGAAGUAGUCGAUUGUUUGUAAACAUCCGGUUACUGGAAAAAUCCAAACAAACAAUCUAUCCCAGAAACUGCGUGCAACAAAUGGAAGAAACAAAACAAACAAGCUUGGAUAAUUACAUAAAACGAAAAAGAAAUCAGAUUGAAGACGAGGAGUACACAGACGCAAUUCAAGAACUGAAACCCAAGGAAAAACGAGAGAAAAAAGAAAUGCCAGCCUUGACAAAGGAAGAUUUUCUGACCAUUUUCCCGGACCUGUUCCAGGCAAAUUUUAAAAAAGUUAUACAACAAGAAGACUUUCAGGACACGCUCAAGACAGCUUUAAAGCCACUCCUAAAGGAACAAGAAGCCAAAAUAACACAACUAGACACAGAAAUCACUAAAACAAACGAUAAGGUGAUCGAUCUCGAAAAACAAUUGCAAUACGAACAAAACCAAAGACUCUCUCUACAACUCAGAAUUAUUGGACUCCCUGAUGAACACAAAGAAAACCUAGCAAACAAGUUAGUUAUGUUCGCAGCAAAGAAACUAGACCACAAACUUGACAUAACAGAUUUUACAAUAUACAGAAAUGGGACGUAUACAAGCGGAAAAGACAGACCAACCACAGUAAGAUUCAACAACAUGGCAGACAGAAUAUCUUUUUUCAAAUGCCGAGAAAAACUUUACAAGCAAAAAGAAAAGAUCUACAUUAACGAAGAACUACCACCAAAACUGGCAAAAAUCAUGGCGGAGGGAAGAAAAAUGAAGAAAGAAAACAAAUUACACAAAAUCUGGUCGUACAGAGGCAGCGUAUUUGUUAAAAGUAAAGAAAGCGACGAACCACGGGAAGUUACAGACCUUACAAAGCUGGGCCUAUAG